AUGUCUGGUGGGGGCAAGAAAAGAAAAAAGAAACCUGUCAAAGUUUUACGGUACUUUCCACUUAAAUCACGUUUGCAAAGGUUAUUUAUGUCUUCUAAAACUGCUGAACAUAUGAGGUGGCAUUCUGUGGAUAGUAACAAAGAUGGCUUGAUGAGGCACCCGAGAGACUCUGAGGCGUGGAAGAGAUUCGAUGAAACACACCUUGAAUUCGCAUCAGAUCCACGGAAUACUUCCUUCAUCAUUUCAAUGAUCAUUCCGAGAAAGCAAAUGCCAGGGAAUGAUAUCGAUGUUUACUUACAACCCUUGAUUAAAGACUUGAAGGAUUUGUGGGAUGGUGGUGUGGAAACAUUUGACGCUUCACUCAAUGAAAUGUUUAAUAUGCGCGCUGCAUUGAUGUGGACAAUUAGCGAUUUUCCUGGGCUUGAGUUUAGGAAUCCAGCAGUGGCACUAUCAGGUUCAGAGAUAUUCAAGCAGUUGGAAAAUGUUCAUGUUACAUUUGGGAAAGGGAUGGAGGUUGAAGAUAAUAGAAAAAGAACUCGCCAAAAAAAUAUUAUAGAAAGUGGUUGUCAACAAUGGAGAAAGAAAAGUAUAUUUUUCCAACUUCCUUAUUGGGAGUACAACUUGUUGCGCCAUAACCUUGAUGUUAUGCACAUUGAGAAGAAUGUGUGUGAUAAUGUCUUGUACACCAUUCUCAAUGAAAGUGGAAAAACAAAAGAUAAUCUUAAUGCUCGAAAAGACUUGAAAGAGAUGGGCAUAAGAAGUGAUCGUUGGCCAAAUGAAAAUGGACAGUAUCGACCUGCUUUAUUUACAAUGUCAAAUGCCCAAAAAGAUGUAUUCCUUACAACUUUGAAGAAUGUUUUAGUGCCUGAUGGUUACUCAAGUAACAUUGCUAGGUGUAUUGAUCUAAAGCAUCGGAAGAUAUUUGGUUUGAAAAGUCAUGAUUCACAUAUUCUUAUGGAGCAACUGCUACCAAUAUCAAUUAGAAAUGUGUUGCCUAACCAAGUGUCUGUCGUUUUAGUUGAUUUGUGCUCAAUAUUUAGGCAAAUAUGUGGCAAGGUGUUGAAUCCUUUAGACUUUGACAAGCUCCAACGUCGAGUCAUUCUCACACAAUGCCAUAUGGAAAUGCUUUUUCCGCCUGGGUUCGUUACAGUCAUGGUUCAUUUGGUUGUGCAUUUAGUGAAUGAACUGAAGCUUGGAGGCCCAGUACAUUAUCGAUGGAUGUAUCCUAUAGAAAGAUACUUGGGACAUUUGAAGUCCUAUGUAUGUAACAGGGCACAACCAAAAGGUUCCAUUAGUGAAGGUUACUUGGCUGAAGAAUGUUUGACCUUUUGUUCAAGAUACUUGGAGGGCAUUGAGACAAGAUUCAACCAGCGUGGAUGUGUUGAUGAUCAAACGACAAACAAUGAAUCGUCUCAAGUUUCAAUGUUUUUUACUGAAAUAGGGAGAUCGGUUGGGAUGAGGUCCACUGAUAUGGGAAAUGGCAUUUUUGGUUGUGACAUGACUUCUGGAGUUGACUUAUGGCAUAUUAGCGAAAAUAUAACUAAGGAAUAUGGGAAAUUGGGUAUGGAGAGGCGAACCCCAUUUCGUUUAGUGUGGCUAGUGCGAGACUACAUCCGGAGGCUGAAGGCCCAGUGGACUUUAGCCAUAUCGAUGAUGAGACCCGGAGAGUCCAUCCAACGCUACCUUAGUAGGGUGGAGGACGUUAUUGCGGAGACCCCGGGCACAACCUUACCUCCUGGAUUGUUGGGUGAAGUGAAGGCAGAAUCAUAUCUUCACGGUUGCCCGGUUCCUAACAAUACGGGACCAGACGAAGAAAGUGUGGGAAGUAAUGAGACCAUAGAUGAUUCAGAGGAAGACCUUAAUAGGGAGGUAGACUCUCCCGAAGCCCCUUAUGAGGACCCCUCGGAGGAGUCCAAGUGCCUGAUUGGCAUCUACUAUAGCGACCCGAUGAGCCUUGAAGAACGACUUCGUAGGAGAAGGGGCCAGGCCCAGUCGUCAUCUCAAGACUUCCCAGAAGGAAGUGGCUUGGAAAGGCCAAGUGGUGAUAGGUCAUUCGAAAGGUUCGUCGAAAUGAUGAUGAGUUCGGUGAACAGACCAGAGACCCCUACUACAAAUUGGCUGAAGAUGUUUCGAGAUUUACAUCCGCCAAGCUUUAAGGGAGACCCAGAAAUGGACCCAAGUGUAGGAGAAUAUUGGAUGGAGCAAACUGAAAAAUUACUGGAACACUUGGAGUGCCCUGAAGACCACUGGGUAAGGUGCGCUACAUUUAUGUUAGAGGAAGAAGCGGCUAUCUGGUGGAAGUCGAUGUCAGGAGUCUUAAGGACUCGAAAUACCAUCCAAGAAAACGAGGAGGUGCGGGUGACACCUAUUACCUGGGAACAGUUCAAGAUUGCAUUCAAUGAUAAGUACUUUCCUGAGUACUGGAGAGAGGUGAAGAAACAAGAGUUUUUGAAGCUGACCCAAUCAGAGGAUAUGUCCAUGGUGCAGUAUGAGGCCAAGUUUUCCAAGCUGAUAAAGUAUGUACCUAUGUACACUACGGAUGAAUUUGAGAAGGCCCAGAAGUUCUUUCAAGGACUUAGAAAGGAAGUGAAGCAAGUACUGUACGCGUGGAACAUCCGUACUUUGGAUGAUGCAGUUGAGAAGGCUAUUACUGUUGAGCGAAACAUGAUGGCUCAGGGAGAGCUGAAACUCCGAAGUGAUGUGAAAAAGGAGCAAACUGUUGUUGAGGAAGAGAAAGCAGAAGGACAGGAGCCAAUCUUAGAAAAAAAUGAAAACAAUGAAGAAAAAAACAAGCAAAAACAAAAAGAAGAUGGAAAAGGUAAGAACAUUGAAAGAGAAAGUCAAUAUCAUCCUAAACCUCCUUUUCCUCAAAGACUGAGUGUUACAAAAAAAGAACAACAAAAUGCUGACAUAUAUGAGGUGUUUAAACAAGUAAGGAUCAAUAUUCCACUCUUGGAUGCGAUCAAACAAACACCCUCAUAUGCAAAAUUCCUAAAAGAUCUUUGCACUGUAAAGAGAAAAGUGAACGUGCAUGGAAAAGCAUUUCUGACUGAGCAAGUGAGCUCCAUUUUACAAUUUAAGACUCCUCCCAAAUACAAGGACCCAGGCUGUCCAUCCAUCUCAUGCAUAAUAGGAAGCCAGAAGGUUGAUCAGGCACUCUUAGAUUUAGGAGCAAGUGUCAACCUAUUGCCUUAUAGUGUCUAUCAACAGUUGGUCAUCUUGGGGAGACCAUUCCUAGCAACUUCCAAUGCAAUCAUUAACUGUAGGAAUGGAGUUUUGAAACUGUCGUUUGGAAACAUGACUGUGGAGAUGAAUAUUUUCAGAAUUUCCAAACAACAGAACACUGAAAGUGAGAUAGAAGAGGUAGAUUUGAUUCAAACUCUGUUUGAAGAGUAUUUUGAGAAAGAAUUUGUCACUCAAACUGUGAAAGGAGAUAAUCGUUUGGAAGAUAUCAAAAAGGAAAGUGAGAUGCCUUUGACUCAAUGGAUUCCUAAGCUAGAACCUGUGGAACCGUUGAACAAACCAUCAACCUCUGUGAGUUGUCCACCCAUUCCUGAAAAGAAGCCACUGCCAUUUGAGUUGAAGUAUGCCUUUCUAGGAGAAGGAAAGACAUACCCAGUAGUCAUUUCUUCCAGCCUAAGUACCCAACAAGAGGAUGGAUAUUCAGGAUAUAAUCAGAUUGAUGUAGCACUAGAAGAUCAAGAGAAAACAACCUUCACCUGCCCUUUUGGAACAUUUGCAUAUAAACGUAUGCCAUUUGGGUUGUGUAAUGCUCCUGCCACCUUUCAAAGGUGUAUGAUGAGUAUCUUUAGUGAAAUGGCUGAACAUAUCGUGGAGGUGUUUAUGGAUGACUUCUCUGUUUAUGGAAGUAGUUUUGACUUGUGUUUAAAGAAUCUGGAGAAGGUUUUGAUUCGUUAUCACGCUGCUUUGAAAUACCUGCUCACUAAGCAAAACACCAAGCCACGCCUUGCUUGUGGAGGUCAUUUCUCUACCCGGAAAACCAUAGCAAAAAUCCUACAAAGUGGAUUUUACUGGCCUACCAUGUUUAGGGAUGUACACUAAUUUUGCUUGUCAUGUGAUAGAUGCCAGAGGUUAGGAAGUCUGACAAAAAAGAGUAUGAUGCCUUUGCAGCCCAUUCUGGUUCUUGAAAUUUUCGAUUGUUGGGGAAUAGAUUUUAUGGGCCCUUUUGUUAACUCGCUUGGUCAUGAAUACAUCCUUCUUGCUGUAGACUAUGUUUCCAAGUGGGUUGAGGCAAUUCCAACAAGGACAAAUGAUCACAGGAUAGUGGUAAAAUUCUUCAAAGAAAACAUUUUCAGUAGGUUUGGAAUGCCUCGUGCCAUCAUCAGUGAUGGGGGUUCUCAUUUCUGUAACAAGCCAGUGGCAGAACUAAUGAAAAAAUAUGGGGUAGUUCAUAAAGUCUCAACCCCAUACCACCCUCAGACAAAUGGCCAGGCAGAAUUGGCAAAUAGGGAGAUCAAGCGUAUUUUAGAAAAAACUGUCAAUUCCAACCGAAAGGAUUGGUCUUUGAGGUUGAUUGAUAUUCUCAAAGUGAAUGGACAACGCCUGAAACCAUACUAUGAAUCUUUGAAUAAACAGGAGGAAAGCAUGGAUCUUAUAGAUCCACCCAUUGGGUAG